UCCAUUCUCUCUGAAAAUGGGCUCUAGUUCAGAAGAUCAAUUUGUCUGGCCUUUGAUGGGUGUUCUAGUUAACAUGCCUACUGAGUGGAAGGAUGGGCGCCUAGUUGGACAGAGUGGAAACCGGCUUAAAGAGCAACUUUCACGCUUCUGCCCGCAGAAGGUUAGUCCUCUAUGGAAUCAUAGAGGUCAUACAGGAAAUGCUAUUGUUGAGUUUGCAAAAGACUGGACUGGCUUCAAGAAUGCGCUCGCCUUUGAAAAUCAUUUUGAGGCAGAGGGAUAUGGCAAAAGGGAUUGGAAGCUCAAGAAUUACAGAGGGCUAGAGAUGUUUGGAUGGGUUGCAAGAGCUGAUGAUCAUAGAUGCCAAGGGCCUAUAGGAGCCUAUUUGCGAAAAAAUGGUGAUCUGAAAACUGUUGGUGUUGUUGAAAGAGAAGAAGCUCAGAAAACUGAUAAACUUGUUGCUAAUUUAGCUAGCCAGAUUGAAGUAAAGAACAGGCAUGUGGAAGAACUGAAAUCCAAGUACAAUCAGACAACAGCAUCGCUUGACAUGAUGAUGGAGCAAAGGGAAAAAAUUCUCCAGAAGUAUAAUGAAGAAAUUCACAAGAUGCAGCAAGAUUCUCGAAGGCAUUCACAGAAGGUCUUCGAUGAGAACAAAAAACUCCGCAAAGAGUUGGAGUCCAGGAUGCACGAACUUGACUUAAGAUCCCAGCAUCUUGAUGACAUAGCUUCGCAAAGUGAUUCAGACAUAAGGAAUCUUCAGCAAGAGAAGGAAAAGAACAAAACUGAAACUGAGCAUCUUAAGAUGGCAACAAUGGAGCAACAGAAGGCCGAUGAGAACGUGCUUAAGCUUGUGGAAGAACACAAGAGGGAGAAACAAGCUGCUCAUGAAAGGAUUCUCAAGUUACAGCAGGACUUGGAUGCCAAACAGAAGCUUGAGUUAGAAAUACAGACACUGAAAGGAAAACUGGAAGUUAUGAAGCAUAUGCUAGGUGAGCAGGAUUCUGAAUCAAAGAAGAAGAUGGAUGAACUCACUGAGGAACUGAAAGAAAAGGUUGCUGAAUCAGAAGACAUGGAGGCUCUGAACAAAACUCUGGUUAUCAAGGAAAGGAAGAGCAAUGAUGAGUUGCAACACGCUCGGAAGGAGUUGAUAGAUGGCUUUCAGGUGCUUGUUACAGUCCAAGCUAAUAUAAGUACAAAGAGAAUGGGUGAGCUUGAUCCCAAAGCAUUUGGAAAAGCUUGUGGGAAAAGGUUACCAAAAGAGGAUGCAGAAGUCACUUCUGCUCUCCUGUGCUCAAAGUUGGAUGCUGAAAUUAGAAACCCAAAAUGGCACCCUUUUAUUAAGGUUAAAACGGUGGAUGGAAAAAAAAAUGGAAUUUCUUAAUGAGGAUGAUGAGAUGCUCCGGAAGCUGAAAGAAGAGCACGGUGAAGAAGUUUAUGGGUUGGUAGCAAAGGCACUGCUUGAGAUCAAUGAGUACAAUCCCAAUGACCGCUAUCCUGUACAAGUGCUGUGGAACAACAAGGAGGGCCGGAGAGCAACGCUGAAGGAAGGAAUCCAGUACAUGAUCAAGCAGUUGAAGACUUGCAAGAGGAAGCGUUGAGCCAAUUGGUUGGCUGGUGGCUUCUGUGUUUUGUUUGUGCUCUCGGUUCUCCUGAGCUUGGAACAUGAACUCGAUAUUAGCUCGUCGUUUUUAAUUAACUCAUGAUGAUGAGUGAGUAGACUCUGGAUUCUGCCAUUGUGGUAUGGACAUAUAUCGGUAUAUGACUGCUGUUAGUCAGUCUGGAUUCUCCUGUUGUGGCAUGGACAUAUGAAUGCUGCU